AUGACCCUGACACAAGUCUCUAUGGACCAAUUGCCGAACACUGCGGUGUUUCUCAAUUCGGUUGCUCCGGGCUUUACCUCACUCGACUCAAAUGUCCACUUCAGUUUGGAAAAUGAACCCUUGAAUAACGGUGAAAGGUCGAUCACUUGGCCACUCACAGGCACCAACCAGUCAACAAUAGCAAUUCUAGACAAUACUUAUUUAAAUAUAUCCAGAGUUCCGCUCAAUCCGGCUUCUAACGAAUCAACAACCUACGUCCUGUUACCCUACCAUGUCACCAACUUGUUCAAGAAAGUAGUCAAACAAAAGGACAAAGAGUCCGAGGGAAACAUGCAUAUUGGAGCCAACAUCAACCCACUUGCCCACGAUCCUUUCAAGGUGACCCAGUUGAAUCCAGGCUGUUUGCUGGACAUUCUCGAAGUGAACAAUUUAUCGCUUCUUCGUCGUAGAUCUUCCAACCGAGUUCCGGGGGAGGAUACCUCAAAAUCGACUUUGAACCAAGGCAAAACCUUCAACAAACUCACUAGCAACUUCAAUAGACUCUUGCGUAUAACCGCCACAGGUACUUCCAGCAGUGAAAUAGACAAUACUACUUCUUCCUCGACUGACCAUUACCAGAACUUGCUCAACUUCAUAGAACCGAUAAAAGUCCCUCUUUCGAACUUCUUGAUUGAAAAGGUGACACUGUACAACAGCGAAUCGUACUCCACUGAGCUCAGAGACCCAUCGACCUCGAAGUUGUUGAUUCUGGCCCAUAUCAAUGUCCUCAAUGUCAUUACUAUGGACACAGAAGGCAACUAUAAGAAUACCAAGUCUGUAAAUACAUCGACACCGAUCUUGCCAUAUCUUGAAUCUUACGAGACUGACGAAAGCAAGAAGAUGCUGGAGUAUCAAAAAGUUAUAGAGGAACCGGCAUUACGUAUACAUUUCCGGCAAAACUCGAUAAUUACUGCUCUCAAGACUUUUGUCAACAAAAGCAGAGAACCAAUUGUAAUCCUUGGUUUCGACUCGGGUGAAGUCAUAAUCAUCAAUUUGCAUGCAUUGAACUACCAGAUCUUUGAUGAUCUUGGUUUUGGCCAAAUGCCACCCAACCCAGACAAUGUAUCCAUAAGCUCUAAAGCUUCAUCGCACAUUUAUUCUAGUUCUUUUGGCAAUGUGGAUGUGACAGCGUUGGAAAUCUUUCAUCAUCCUCUUUAUGAAUACCUAAUUGUAGCCGGGUACAGUAAUGGUGAAGUUAUGAUAUUAGAUCCAUAUGCUUCACGAUCCAACCCUCUGACAAAUAACCAGUCAGAAGAGAAAUUGAAAAAGCUGUCAAAGUUGGUUGGAAAAGACGCCUACAUUAGUUACUUUAAGAAGUUCGAUCUUUCACCUUUCUGCAAGAAGGCUAGCUCUAGUUCAGGCGAAGAAACAGAUAGUUACAGCCCCAACUAUUUGGUAGGGCAUUUCAGAGUCAGUUAUAAGCCAAUAACAGCUAUCUCGUCGACAAUGCCUUACUCAGAAAAUACUGACUUUUCUCACAGUGAAGUCCAGCCCAUGAUCUUGGCAAUUGGUGCGGACGAUGGCCUUGUGCGUUUUAUGGAUUUGAUCUUCACCCAUGAUAAGAGCUAUGGCAAUACCAGCGAUAUCAAAAACAAUUCUGUUCUAACUGACUUACUUUCCAAUUACUUCAAUGAUGGUAUAACUGGUAUUGAAUUUUCUCCGGACUUCAGGUUCGUUUGCAUUGUUGGCAAAGGUGAUAUCAUUGAAAUUUUCAAAAUGACCUACUACAAUGUGAAUGGACUUCUCACCAAGAACACAGGCAGUAAUUACCAUUCUAGUACCAAUGUAAAUGGUUUGAACCCGACUUCAAGUGGAGUGGUGGGCAGAAGAUCCAGAAGUGGAACGCUAAACUCUGUAAACUCGGCGAACUUGCCUUCUGCUGCAAUGUUCUUAUCUCCCAGCAACACCACCCCUUCAAACAGUUUUGACAUUUCUCGAAACGAGCAUAACCAUACUCCGAGAUUGUUAAAUACUCCUUUGAAAGAACUCUAUCCACCUUUGAUUAAGGAAAUUCGCAUUGUAGGAAGAUUCAAGGGCCAUACCAACACUAUCAAGAAAAUAAGAUUCAUCAAGGAAGAUGAGUUUAACAAGGGUGAUUUGGAACAGGAAGCCUCCGUAAAGAAUCUGGUCUACAAACUUAUCAGUUGUGGGUUUGAUGGGAAGAUCAUUAUUUGGGAAUUUGACUACAAGGCGCUUCCUAAGGUGAAGAAGCUACCACCCUUGGAGAAAGAAAAGGAAAACAAGGAAAAGAUAUCUACACAUAAAAGAAGAUCCAUACAUGAGAAUACGCAGGAUCAGAUAGAAAUUUUGACUUCGUUGUACAAGUCUCUCUUUGACUUGAGAUUGAAAAGACACUACAAGGCUCUUGCUAAAAAGGCAGGAUUGAGUAGUGGCACAAAGAGGUAUUCUACGGUGAUUCCACCAAUAGUCAAUGAUAAGUUGGUCCCAUCCAUUGAAGUGCCUUUAAUGAGCUUGGACUUGUCGGCACUUGUAAGUGAUGGUAAGAUUGAUGGGUUCUUCGUUGAUGCCUACAACCUCUGGUGCUUCGGUAAAAGUGGUGAUAUCUUCAGGUAUUGCAUUGGUUGAGAAUGUAUAGAUCUAUAGAAGGAUAUGAAAAUGAACAUGAAAUGAUGGUAAUUG